AUGCAUGAUGGAGGACAAUCAAAUACGCAUUCGAGACGUUCGAACUAUUCGUACAUCGAAGAGCAAAAUGAAGCACGUACGGAGUUGUUGAAUUCGAAAGUGAAUCAACUAAAACACCUAGCUGUUCAAAUUAGCGAAGAAACACAAUUCCAGAAUAAAUACUUGAAAGAACUGAACAGUCAUAUGGAUCAUACAGAUAGUUUGAUUGGUCAAGCACGUCGUCGUGUUAUCUUAUUAGCUCGAUCGGGUAGUUGGAAAAUUUAUUUAUAUUUGAUUCUUUUUGCUCUGUUCAUUUUUCUUGUUAUUUAUUUUCUGAUUAAACGCUGA